UCCUUAUUGGCGAGUGACAUUGCUAUUUAAAGAUUACCCUGAGUCAGGGAAGCUGGGACCCGUCAUGACCGGGCUGCGAGGCGAGGCUCCCUGUUGAAGUGGCGGCGUGACUGAGAGGGGAAGGAGGCGAACAUGGAAAGCCUGGGAGCCUGCACCUCUGCACAAGCCGAUGCCCUGAGGGCAGAAAUGUCUUCGUUCGAGGAGGAAGUGUGUGAAGUGGAUGCUGAGGAGGAGGAAGAACUUGGAGAAAGCCUGAAGGAUGUCACGACAGACAAGUCGGUGAAACCUAAAGUGAAUUGCAUUAUGUCCAGUUCCUCCUUCACAAUGCUGACCGUUCAGGGUGAGGACAGUGGGAUUAUAUGGGAGACGGUCUCUAGUAGCCGGUGUUCCACCCCAUGGGCAUCAGAAAGCACCGUGUCCGAUGCCAACAGCGUGGAAAGCAACACUCUCCCCUUCCCCCCGGGAAAAGUCAUCUUUAUAACGGACCAGUUGACUCGGUCUUCGGCUGCGAAUGGACAUCGGAGCAGUAAAAGGGAUAAGUCUGGGAAGCGUCGCGUUGAGGCAGCGGAGCCGAGGCCCGGAGAUGCUGUGAAGAUACCCAGAAAUAAUGUGUGUGUUGCAAGGGGACACGCAGGGACAGCUGAACCAGCCGUGAUAUUAGGAGCUGCAAUGGACAGCGUGACAAAUUCAAGACUGGUGAAGGAUUCGAAUGAAUCGGAAGGACGGUCUGAGUCACCAUUGGAACAUGGACCGACAUUACCGAAAAUAGCAGGAAAAUCCUACGAGGAUGGAAAUGUGAGCCGUCAUCUACCUGUGUCCGUGGAAGAGGACAUCCGACCACACGCCCCAGUACAUUGUCGAAAGAAACGCCACCUUGACACUGUGAGUCCGAAUGAGCAAAGUGCCACGCCGGGGGAUAGCCGUUUAAACAAUUUAUUUUCAACAACACCCGAACAACACCUUAAUAUCUCUCCAGCAAAACUCUCACGAGAGCCGGGUGAAUCCCAAGCUCCGAAACGUUUCUCAGACACGGGACUUAGUUCAGCAUUGCAUGAAAGGAGCGAUUCAAGACUGCCGUCAGAAACCAGUCCAAAGCCGAUGAGGGUUUCACGUUCAAAGGAGACUUGUAAAGGCACAGAGUACGUUUUGUCACCAAGCAAGGCGGCGACAGCAAAUGGGACAAUUUGUACAGGCAAGGGUGAGUUGCAAACGCGUGGCGUUACUGGUUCAUCCUCGUGUCAUGAAACAUCUAUCCCAGAAGGUGUAGGUUUAGAAGUAGCAUCUGCUGCACUAGAGCAUGCCUCGUAUUUAAACAGAAGUCCGACUGGACUAACGUUAAAGAAAGCAGUGCCACAUCAUUUUCCACGCAAGCAAGAAGUUGUGAUACAUGAGGGUCAGACUCCCCCAAUGACACAUCCAGAAAUCGAACAUCGAGGGGCUUCCACCACCUCCCAGUCCGAACUUAUCGAGCCUCUGGCAAAUGCAGAAUUGGGAGUCGGUUGUAAAGACGUGGACAAUUUUGUACCAGUCAUCAAAGAUGAGGGUGUGGAAGCUCUAGAUGGAGAUUUGCAACAUUCAUCUUUGGCUCCUGCUCUUGGGAAUUGUGUAGAUUGGGAAACCCCGCAUCAUUCAGCAAGACAAGAAGCGAAGAUAAGUGACAAACUGUUUUACUCGAGGGCGAAUCCGGAUCUUUUGGAAGCGCUGGACGUGGAUCUGAACGGAUCCUUUCACGGCAUGUGCAGAGCGGGGGAGAAAGAUCGCCACUCGUUGUUAGUAGGGCUGGAAGAUGCGGCGGGGAAAUUACACGGUGAAACAGACAGGGAGAUUCAGAGGGCGGCUUUCAACAUUGUGGCUGAAGGCUCGGAAAUACUCAACAUCAUUGCUCCAGCAAGCUAUCAUUCAGUGGACCAAGAGGCGUGUAGCAACAUGCAGAAAAACCUGACAUAUUUGCAAGCCAAUCCCAUUAUCAAAAGGAAAGACUUUGAAGAUGAAAACUCACUGAGAUUGCUGGGUCCCCCACAGCAUAGCAACCCUUUGAUUUCAUGGAACCACAAUCCUUUCACCAUUGGGAAAUCCAAACCUUCAUCCGUGGAACAUUCUGAUCAUUUUCAGGUAGCUGGGCCUACUUCCAAUUUGGUCGGGUCAAAUCCUUCCGAUGGGAUUGGAACCAAUCCUACACAUGGGAAUGAGUCGAACCCCUCCCAUGAAUUUGGAUCCAAUCCUUCCCAAGCAAAUGGCUCCAAUCCUUCCCAUGGGAUUGAGUCCAAUUCCCUGCCAUCCCAGACACCCAAUCCUUCCACCGAGGCAGCUCCCAAUUCCACCUCAGCCGAGCAAUCCACUGCGGUUGCCACGGCCUCCACGAAGAGCAGAAGCAAGGAGGUCGACUAUUUUGAAAAAUACACCUUGGUGGACGAGCUGGUGCCCAUCGAGAUCGUUGCAACAGAAGAUUGGUCGCUAGAAACGCUGGCUCCGGGGUUGGAAAAUCCCUCCGUGACAAAUCGAGAUAACGGGCCGAGCUCCGAGGAUACGAAGCUUUUUAAUUUUGACGAGUUCGACAUGUCUGGAAAUGCUGGCAGCUGCAUUCUGGACGGAGCGGAAAACUAUGGAAGGACGGACUUAUCUGUACAAGCGCGCACGCCCAAGACAUCCCGUGGAAGCGAGCAAGAAGAUGCCAAUAAUAAUGCCGGGGCAUUUUAUCAGAAGGAAGCAGGUUCUUUGCUGUUCGACACGACGGAAGGCAUCCUAUCGCGCUCCCACGACUUCCCGAUCUCAACCAAGCUGAUCGAUAUCGCCCUCCUGGAGGAGCCGCCUGCCCUGGCCUUUUAUUACAAAGAUCUGUACGAGGAAGCGAAGGGCCGGAGGGAACAAAACAACGAGCAGUCAGACGAGGACGGCAGCAACCCUGAAUUUUCCUUCCCCUGCCAGUCGUCCGACACGGAGGAGGGCAACGGCUUGUACUUCGAGAAGUACGUCCUGAAGGACGAUAUCCUGGAGUCUAUGAGCCGAGUGGCGCCGCAGUGGGCGCCUGUGGGCGAGAGUGGACAGCCGCUAGCCGUUGCAAUUGGUGCCAAAAGGCUGUUUACAGAAAACCACGACCAGUUUCCUGCGAUAGACGUGGACGAGGCAGGAGUCCCAGGGCGGGAGAGAGAUUCUGAAAAAGCAGCGGAGGUACAACAAGCGGGGGAAGAAGAGCCGAAGGAAGAAGAUGAAGCUCAGAAGGCUGUGUCCGAGCCUCCGUCCAUACAAGUAUCAGAGGAAGCAGGGUCGGCAAUUGAGAUGAAGGAAGAGAAUUUUAACGAGAUGUCAAGUGAAGAAGUACAGGCCACUCACGUGUCACCUCCUGAGGAAACCUUUCACGCAGAAGACAUAAUGUCAAUCUCCUCAGAUGUUGAAGAGCAUUCAGAUACAGGGCAUCUUGCCAACAUAAACCAUUCAUUUGAAGAGUAUGGAGUCCUCUCCAGUGAACCAGGAUUAGAGGAUGUUAAUGCCGUGGCAACGCUGGAAAUGAAAGAUACCCUGGAAUGUAUAUCCAAGGACAAAACACCGGUUUGUCCGACUGAACUUGAGAUAUCGAAGGAGGAACAGUCUGGUGAACAAGGAGGAUCUGAAGAAGGAUCUGAAGUGGAAGACGAAGCUGAGUUGGAGCAGGAAGCUGACCAGGAAGGGCUUGGAGAGCCCAUAACUAUUCAACACAAGGCAUACGAUCAAAUAAGUGAAGAUGAGCCCAUGUUAGUGACUGAAGAACUAGCUCCACAGAUGUUGACCGAAGAAGAUGGGGACACUGUUCACACGAUGGGUGAAGAGGUCUACAAAAGUGUCAGCCUGGAAGGUGAGCAACUAUGUACAGAGUCAACGGAAACAACUGGAGCUAGCGAUGCAAUGGGAAGGCUACAAGCUGAAGUAAUGGAUCUACAGACAGUUGAAAGCACGUCAAAGGAAAAGACCGGCCUUGAAACGGAAAGCCAAGGAAAGCCUGUGGAUGAAGGAGUUUCACGAGGAAAGAAUGAUGUGACGACAUCAGAAGUCAAUGAUGAUGAAAUGAUCCCCGAUCUUGCCGGAGAAUUGCAGGAGGGAAGACGCCUGGCCGAUGACUUUGUGCUGCUGCUACAGGGCGAAUGUGAGACAACUGAGGUGCCGACGCACACAAUACUUCCUGACGUUUUCACCUACGAACAAGAUUCAAGGCAGAUCUUUGAAGAUAUUCCAACUGAGGAAGAUCCUCAUGGAACGAUCAGCAAAAUAGAAGAUCAUGGCGUGAAGCCUCCCCAAGAGCACUACCAUCAAGAUAUUAUCCAUGAUCAAGCAGAUGAUAACAUUGAAACGCAUCUUCAUGAAGACCAAGUGAAUCUACUGGCGAAAGAUACAGAGGAGGAAUCCACGGAUUUUAUUCUACCGGAAGAUGUGAACAUUAUCGAGGAUGAAAAUAGCCACCCAUGCCUCGAUGAUCUGGAAAUUGUAGACAAGGAAGUGGAAGAAAUUAAUCAAAAAGAGACUGAAGAAUUGAAUGUCCAAACGACAAAGGGGGAAGAUGCUGAAGAGCUAAUCACACCGAGACCAGCAAAGUCAGCAGACACUUACUGCGUUACCUGCGGCUUUCCUAUUUUUGCAAUCGAUAAGCUGUUCGGGGAACAUCAAGAUCAUGAUGUCAUAGCAAUAGAUACCGCUGUGGUGAAAGUUAAAGAAAAGUUGGACGACUUUGUGAAGACCGCUGGAGAAAAGGCGAGCAGGAUUGAAGAAUUUGUGGCAGAGCUGGAAGAUUCAUUCAAUGCUGUUGAGGAAAAUUGCACGAAAGAGGAGAAGUACCUUGAGGAUCAGCAUGAUGAAGUCAUGAAGCUGCUGCUUUCACAGUACACAGAAAUGUCCCAGGUCCUGGAAGAGGAGAAAAAGAUGAAAUUGGAACACUUGUGCGACCAAAUGGUCAAUUACCGAUGUAACAUUGAUUUCGCAAAGGAAACUGCGGAGAAGACAAGGGAGAGUGUGGAGCUUGAUGACGUGGAGUUCCUAAAGUCCUUCAAGAUGAUCAAUGGCAGCGUGAUAUCUGCUUUUGAGGCUGCAAUUUCUCUGGACCUGAAGCCAAAAUGGUGUUCCUCCUUUGAUGACGUUGCAAUCAAAUCUUCAAGAUGUGGAUUUGAGUCCUUGAAAAACCUGCCUGUUCCCCAUUCUCCGACAGUUGUUCCCCAGGAGCCCAACACUGCAACGAGCACAACUAUAACAGUCUACUGGACAGUGGCGGAGGACGAUGUCAUCGAUUACUUCCAGGUUUUCUGCAUGGAUCAGUCAGAGGGAAGCGGAGACGCAAGUGGGACAACAGCGGAAGAGUAUAAGAUGGCAGUGAAAGAAAGUUACUGCACGUUGGACAGUCUGGAACCCAGUAGGUGUUAUCUGGUCUGGGUGAUGGCCGUGAAUUUCGCAGGGUGCAGUUUGCCCAGUGAAAAAGUGACCAUUCAAACUGUUCCAGCAGCUCCUUUGAUCAAUUCCGCCGAAUGCACGGUGAGCUGGGACAGUGCCACCAUACGCUGGACCACCGCCGGGGAUCUCAAUGCGGUCGACUUUUUUAUCCUUGAGUUCCACAGACAAAAUGAUCUUCAAAAGUCGAAAUUCAGAUCUGUGGCAGGGAUCCGAGGAUGUGAGCAGACAGUCAGCCUACCGCCCAUGGAGAACUUCCUAUUCUUUGUUAAAGCUGUGAACAGUCUUGGACCUAGUGACAUCAGCAAACCUGCACUGAUUUCCACUAAAAGUACCCGCUUUCAUCUGAACAAAGAGACAGCCCCUCCAAACAUGCAGUUGUCUGAAGAUGGGACAGUAAUUCACUUUGAUGAUCUGGCAAUGGAGGGUGCGAGUCCACUGUCUGAGUCCUCUGCUGUUCUGGGAGAAACGUUACCAGCUCGAGGCCGACACUACUGGGAGGUGAGGGUUGACCGGUGCGAAGCCUACAGGAUUGGAGUGGUGUAUCCUGUCGCAGACAUCCAUGCACUGGGGACAAGCAACACGUCCUGGUGCAUGCGAUAUUUUGCAACGCCUGCAGGGCAUAGAUAUGAAUUUAUUCACGACAGUACGUUGCACGAUGUCCUGCUGACAGAUUUCACAGCCAGCGUUGGCGUUUUUGCGGACUGCGGCGGCGGUCUAUUGUCAUUCUUCAACGCCCAUAACGGACAGCUACUUCAUACUUUCAGGCACCAAUUCGUUGACUUCAUCUGCCCAGCAUUUGUAGUUGAGAAGCCUGGCUUUCUGUCAGUGUGCACAGGAGUUGAUUUACCUGAGUUUGCUAAACACAGCUAAUGCCUAAGCAUUUUCUUACCGGUAGAAUCGCCAAUUGUCCAUGCGGGUAGCUGAUAACUGCUGCAUUCUUUAUAUUUCCACAUCCCAGAGCUAACCAGGUACAAAGAUACAAGAAGAUAUGUGUAGGAAGGAACUGCAGAUAUGUGUAGGAAGGAACUGCAGAUGCUGAUUUAAACUGGAGAUAGACAUAAAAUGCUGGAGGUAUAUUCUACACUGUUGUAUUUAAGUUAUUAUUGACUCGUUAUGAAGGACUAUCCACAAUUAAGUUCCAUGGUGCAAUUAAAGGUGCUGAACUAAAUAGAAGGAUAAUAUGUUCCUUUUUAUUCUCACCGCAACAAAACUUCCGGUAGAUCUAUCCAACUUGCCACAUGGCAAUCACUAUUUAUUGGUUUUAUUUAAAUUGAUUUGAAUUGAAUAAAUUUUACUAUCCAAA